AUGUUGGCAGAAGGCAUCUUAAUUAGACUCAUAUAUAAGGAAAGCUGUCAUCAAGAUAAGCCUCGCAAAUCUCAUGCAUCCAAAAAGGAUAAAGAGGGAAUCUGGAGACAGAAACUUGUAGACAACCCCAAAAUUAAAGGCUUUGCUGAUGGACAUGAGAAGCAGGAUAAGAUCUCUGCUAAAAGUAGCAAAAUGGAACACAGGAGCGGUCCUCGAUGGAGAUCCAUAAAAGAGGUACCUGCAAAAGAUCAGAAAACACUUGUUAAAGGAACUGUAUCACCAGCUGUACAUAUUCCCAAAAGAGAACAAAAUACUGAACAGAUGGAUUUGUAUAGAUCCUGGUCAUGCAGCAGCAUUUAUCAAAACUAUCCUGACUUACUUAUUGGGGGAGACCGUGUGGGGGACCAUGCAUGUGAUUCAGGUUGUGUUUUGGACCAUGUGUGUGAUGAGCUUCCUGAUGGCCCUGUUUUACUGUCCAUAGAUAUUCCUCUAGGUCAGUCCCCUCUAUGUGAGUAUCCCAAAAAGCCAAGUAUGAAGUCCCUGUCUGGAGAUGAAGCUGGGGAAAGGAGUAUCAUGCUCUGUGAGGAGCCUCUUACAAACUCCAUGCUCAACAAGUACAUGGAAACAAAAGUGGCAGAGCUCUAUAAACAGUUUUUUGAAGAAAACUUGACCAGGUGUGGUUCUGUAAGCAAUUUGAUAAGGAGUAACCUGAACCAGGUAAGCUUUCAGAUAUCCCAGGAGCAGAAUAUAGAAACAUCAAAAGCCAGAGAAGUGCUCUUGCACUCUUUAGCUUUGUUUAGUUUGCGCAACACUACCAACAGAAAUAGCUCUGAAUUUAGUACUCCAAACUUACAAAUCUCAAACCCAGCAUGCAUGAAAAAGAGCUGCAGGAUGCAGUUUACAUCAUGA